AUGUAUCCAUUGGUUUUGCUUCCUCCAAAAUCUGUCCCACCAUUUUGGCAUGCUUUGUUUAUCAUCUUGGUUAAUGAUUCAAUGGCGAGACAGGCGGCUAUGGUCUUCAAGUGUAUACUUUUAAUGUACUACAAGAACACAGGUGGCCAUAAUUAUAGGAAACAGGGUCAAAUGUUAACUCUGGUUGAGUACACCUUACUUCUGUAUCGUACUUUGUUGCCUACCCCUGUUUGGUAUCGAUUCUUUUUGAACAAAGAAUAUGGAAGUAUCUUUUCAUCAGUUACAGCAGGAUUAUACUUAACUUUCAAGCUUACAUCUGUCAUACAGAAGAUACGAUUGGUGUUGGCUGCAUUAAGGGUGUUGUCUCGUAAAGAGGUGCAUUAUGGUUCAUCUGCAUCUACUGAGCAGGUGAGUGCUGCUGGAGAUCUUUGUGCCAUUUGUCAGGAAAAACUGCACUCUCCAAUUGUGUUACGGUGUAAACAUAUAUUUUGUGAAGAAUGUGUAUCAGAAUGGUUUGAGCGGGAGAGGACAUGCCCAUUAUGUAGAGCCCUUGUGAAACCAGCAGACAUAAAAUCGUAUAGUGAUGGAUCAACAAGCCUAUGUUUCCAGUUUUUUUGAUAUUUAACAAACAGUAGAUAAAGUACAUGUAGAUCUUUAAAGCCCUAUCAAGAUAUCUGUUAACUGUGGGACAAUCGUAUACCAACAAGGCCACAUGCAUCGACCCCAUUAGUUGUCCCAUGAAUAAAAAAAUGUGUAUUUUUUGUGAAAAAGGUAAAUGUAAUGCACACAUGGUAUUGAAAAUGUAUGUAAAGAUGUGUGUUAUCACAUUAUGUAUUUUUUUUUUGUGAAAUAAAUUAAAAAGCCCUAUUUCGCUA